AUGAGCAGCGCUCCUCGCGAGAAGGCUCUUCUCCUCGAGCCCGAGCCAACCGAAUCAGGCGAGACCGAGACCGCCAACGAGAUGGAUGCUGCCCCUCCCCGGCCGGCGAGGCGCCCGUGGAGACGCUUCCUUGCAAUCUUUGCCGCCGUCACCGUCUUGUAUCUUCUCUUGAGGCCGCGCUUCCCGCGCUUGAGACGGCCUUAUCUAUGUCACGGCCAGCCAGGCCAUUCACCGUUUGGUCGAUUCCCUCAGGAAAACGACCCAUUCCACUUCAUCCCCUGUACCAAGGAAUCGGUGUUGCCAGCUCUGGAUGAUCCUCAUCCCGAACGCACCUGGGCAAAGACGUUUGACACUAACCCAAGACAUUGGAGCUGGGGAAACGUCACAGAGGGCCACGAAGAAGACGUUGAAACCCCUCACCACCAGCCUUACAGACCACACAAUCCUCAUCAUCCUCACAACCCUGACAAACCGGGCGAACCCGGCGGAUCUGACGAGUCCGAAAGACUGGGUAGGCCUGGAAGGCAUAGACACCCCAGGCCGCCUCAUGAAAACCCGUACGCUGAUCGCGGCAUCUACCUCUGUGGGUUCAUCGAUGUCCCCCUGGACUACACCAACAAGUCAGACAAGCGUAUUUCUCGUCUCGCCGUGACCAAAUACCAGGUCUCGGGGCUUGCUCUUCGACACCCCAAGAGCCGUCACGACAAACCUCGCCGCGGCGCUGGCACCAAGAGCGAACGCACCAUUGUCAUUGAACCGGGUGGUCCCGGAGGCAGUGGCACUUCCAUGGCAUGGCGAUCUUCGGAGGCCAUCUCCCAGCGAUUAAGCGGCGGCAAGUACGACGUCCUGGGAUGGGACCCUCGCGGCGUCAACGCCUCUUUGCCGGCCAUUUCCUGCUUUCCCUACGAUGUGGACAGAGACCACUGGUCAGUCCGCAUGUCCGAAUAUCGUGAGACAUCGCCAUCGCCUCGGGCCCAGCUUGAAUUUUUCGACGCCAUGAGCGAUUCCGUUUUCAACGCCUGCAAACAGAUUUACCAAGAUAUCCCCCGCUUCGUGUCAACGGCUUUUGUGGCGCGCGACCUAGAACAAAUUCGUCUGGCCCUGGGCGAGGACGCGCUCACGGGAUACUUGGUCAGCUACGGGACCGGCAUUGGACAGACCUAUGCCAACAUGUUCCCCGACAGCGUGGGUCGCAUGAUCCUCGACGGAACAGAGUAUGUGCGCGAUGGCCGCCUUCUGGGCGGUUUUGGCUGGACUGCCUUGGACAACGGAACCCACGCCUUCCACGACGGGCUUCUGGGAGAAUGUGUCAACGCCGGCCCGGACCACUGUGCGCUGGCCAAGCCUGUUGAUGGACGUGCCGUCACUCUAGACCAUCUCCAAAAGCGAAUGGAGACAUUGAUCCGGUCCCUCAUCAAGCGGCCGCUCCCCUCGUACACCGCGUCCUCGGGACCGUCCCUGAUUACGUAUUCAACCCUUGUCGGGGUACUCUACUCAGCCAUGUACAACGCCAAAGCAUGGCCAGCACUGGCACAAAUGCUCUUCGAGCUGGAAGCGGGCAACACGACCCUCGCGGCCGUCAUGCUGGAGCGCAGCACCUGGGAAUACGAUCCCACGAAGCCGCCUCCGCCCAGCCAGCAGCCCCCAGCCUCCGGCGAGCUCGGCUCCUUGGUCAUCUGCGCCGACCAGUACGACGCGCCCGAGCCCGAGGGUGGGCUGGACUGGUAUGAGUCCCUAUGGGCCAACAUGACCGCAAAGUCGUGGAUUGCGGGAAACUCUCGGUUCCAAGACGUCUUUCCCUGUCGGCACUUCACCGACUACUGGUCCGAGCCGGCCGAAGUCUACCGCGGCGACCUAAACAAGACGCUGAGCAACCCCGUUCUGCUCAUUGCCGAGACGUAUGAUCCCGCCACACCCUUGCGCAACGGGAGGCGUCUCCUGAACGAGAUGGGCAGGAAUGCCAGGCUGAUUGCGCACCAUGGCUAUGGGCAUUCCUCCAGGGACACGUCUGCCUGCACCGACGAGAUUGCCAAGGCGUACAUUCUGGAGGGCGCCUUGCCCGAUGACCAGGAGACGGCGUGCUAUGCGGACGAGAAGCCGUACUUGUACGGCGUGAAGGGGAGCGGCGCGACGGCCCGGAGAGAUCCCCUCGAUAUCUGGGACGAGCAUCUCAGAGAGCUGGCUAUACUGAAUCCGCGACUGUUGGUAUGA